CCCAGUUUUCUAAGACCAUUCAGAACGUACAAAUCUUUGAAAUCGAAAUAUAUACGAAUUGAAAUAAUUUAAACAAUAUAAUGUCAAAUAUUUUCACAUACCUUCUCCUUGUGGCGGUGCUAGGUUUAUCCUUUGCCCAGGGUGCCACAGUGAGUCGCGAGGAGCAGCGGCAACGUCAACAAAAAUCCGAAGAAAUACGAAAAUACAUGAAUCUCUCGGCGAGCCCAUGCCAUGAUUUCUAUGAAUUUGUGUGUGGCAAUUUCAAUCGCUAUAAUCCCACCGAGAUUCAGGUGGAUAUAUUUUCCAUGUUGGAAAAGGAGUAUGAACGUAAGCAGUUGAAUGCCCUGACGAGAGAAUCUCCGGGUGAUACCGAAAUGGAGAAGAGUGUAAGGAAUUUCUAUAAAUCCUGUCUGAGUAUCGAUAUGAAUGUGCUGAGGGAAAAAUUGAAAAAUAUUGUGGCAGAAUUUGGAAAAAUGCCCGCCCUUGAGGGUGAUAAGUGGCGGGAACAAGAUUUCGAUUGGCUGCGAACGGUGGCGGAGAUUGCCCAUAAAUAUGAUGUGAAAUUAAUAUUGAAUUAUGAAAUGUCAGCGGAGGGUUUGAAUGGCAGACGUUUGAAGUUGGGUUUGGAAAAUCUGCACGAAAGUUUGGCGGCCACAAUAAUACGCACGAAACAUGGCUUCAGUGAGCAGAUGAUCAUCGCCAGUAAACUGAAAAGUUAUUUGGGUUUGAGCGAACCGAAUGCCCAAAGGGUGGCCAAGGAAAUUUCGGAUUUCAAACAGAGUCUCUCGGCAGCCUGCCCAGCUGAUGUGGCCAGCAAAUCGACAACUUUAAAUAAAAUACAAAGGAAAUAUUUGCCUGAUAUUGACAUUCGAAGAUAUUUGAGCGUGGCCAUGGGUUCCAAUCCGGCGGCCCAACUUAAAAUCGAUGAUUACUUGGCCAAUUGUCAGCAAAAUAUUGCCAAUGUAUUGCGCCGGACUUCCCGACGAACUUUGGCCAAUUAUGUAUUCUAUUACCUACUGAAACCCUUUAUGAUGCUACACGUUCCCAGCCAACAGCAGGAGCUAUGUAAAAUCGAAACAGCCACACAUUUUGCCAGCGAAAUGGAUUUCAUGGCCUAUCGCAAGGAGGUAUCCCAGCAAAUGGAGAAUGAUUUGAAAACUUUUUGGAUUACCAUCAAGACCACAUUUCAGAAUAUCCUGCAAUCUCCUCGCCUCAGUUGGAUUAGAAACAAUACCCGCAGGACAGCCCUGGAAAAGUUAAGGGCCAUGAAACUGGAAUUUGGUCAAUACGAGAGAAAUAUGUUUGCCGAAAAGUAUCGCCAGCUAAAGCUCUAUCGCAACGAUUACAUACAAAAUAUGAAAGCUAUUUUGUCCUACAAGGCCCAACAGGCUCGCAGUCGGUUAAGUGACUCUAACCAAUCAAAUAACCUCGUGGAAAGGGAGGGCAGUCCCUUUACAAGCCGGCCCAAGAACACGGUCAUAUUCCCUGUAUCUUCGCUGCAGCCCCACUAUCUUUGGCACGGCUCAUCACCGAAUGCCAUGAAAUUUGGCACACUGGGUUUCUUGGCCUCGCAUGAGCUCAUCCAUGGCUUCGAUGACAAGGGCAUCUUCUAUGACAAUCGUGGCCAAUUCAAACGCUGGUGGGACAACUAUUCCUUCCUCGAUCUCUACAGUCGCAUGGAUUGUUUUAGUGAACAGUAUAAAAAAUACAAUUAUCUGGGUGAUUCCCAGUCGGAAAAUAUUGCCGAUAAUGGUGGCUUGCGGCUGGCCUAUGAGGCCUACAAUAAAUGGUAUGGUGAUAAAGUGCGCUUUCAUCAGGAUGUUGGCGAAGAAACUUUGCCGAAUUUGAAUUACAACAACAAACAAUUGUUUUUCAUUGCCUAUGGGCAGAUGUUUUGCAGCAACACAAAUUCGGAUUUGAACAGCCUAGACACGUCGGAAUUUGGUCAUGUUCCUCACAAAUAUCGGGUAAAUGGGCCGCUGUCGAAUUUGGAGGAAUUUUCGAGGGAAUUCAAUUGUCCUCGCGGCAGUGCCAUGAAUCCAACAAAGAAAUGUGUUAUGUAUUAGAUAUUGUUAUUUUUGAAUAAAUAUUUAUAAUUAAAGGGAAA